AUGGACCUUUUCUUUGACACGGAAGAAUUCACUCCCAGUUCUAUUACCGAGCAAAACACGAGACCCAAGGUGCGCCUCUCGAGGAACUUCGUCAUUGGCAUAUCUGGUAACAUCUCGUCCGGAAAGACCACUUUGGCUCUCCUCUUAGACGCCGAUGGGUCUGUCCGGGACCUUCAACCUUGUCACGCCGUAAUCCACGAGGAAUUUUUCCGGAUACCCGAAAAAGAGCUGGUUGAAACCAAGUCACUAGACUAUGUCUCCCUGCGCCCACUGCCCGAGGACCUGAGCACCCCAUACUUUUGCAUAUCGGAUAUGUCAGCCCGUAAUGUCAUCAAUCGUCACCGCGCUGAGUGCUAUAAUACGCAAUUAUUCGCCCGCAUGGUCGACAAUCCAGACCGCAUCUACGACACCACGAGGAAAUACUACUUUUGGAACGACCAGGACCAAGCUUCCCUCGCGGGCCGAGCUCUUCAGCAGCUCUCGUGGACUGCCAUAGUGAGGGCGGCCAAGGUCCUGAACACCGAGAUGUGGGCCGUUCUCUUGACUUCGAAAAUGUUCCCCUUCUUGAGUGAGCACGUGCUGCUAGAAAAAGGUGCGCAACCCACCGUGGCUAGACGCUUCACAAUCGUCGAAGGUUCUUUGCUGCUCGCUCGCAACGACGACGAUCCGGUCGGCUGGGCACCCCCGGGAAGCGAGAUCGCCUCGCUACGGGACUUGAAAUCCAUACAAAACCGCCUCGACGUGUGUCUGUAUUUGAGCCUGCCCUCUACAUCGGCAUUUGACAAUCGCUUCCAGGACCCAAGGUACAAAGAAGCGGUAUGGGGCGAUAGCGAGAACAGGGAGUACUGGCGGAGCCGUGCGUAUUUUUGGAAGGUUGCCUCGCCGCAGCAUGACCGGUACCACAAGUAUAUCGACGAAGAAUUGGAAUCGUUCCGAAGCAAGGAAAAAACAGAGUUAAAGUUAUUGAAUAGCGACAAGACUUUCAAGGGCAUACACGUGCGACCGGUAGGCUUGGAAACCCUCGAACACACGCUGAUGUGGGCUUCCGAGAUCGUGGGUGCCGAAUUGGGGAAGAGGUUGCUCCUGGAUUACAGCAUAGAGGCGGGGGGUCACAUAUGA